AGAGAGAGAGCUCCACUUUUCGACCGUAUAGGGAGUACCCAACAUCACAAUUACACAGAUAGGGUGAAAUAAAGAGGACUUUGUAUUGACGGCAACUCGUCUGACUUAUCAGCUAGGCUUGAGCUUCCUUCCAUUACAAUAGAAAGAGAAGAAAAAAAAAAAAGAGGGUUUGGUGGUAAAAGGAGAGCUUUUCCAUAUUAGGAACAAUGGAGGAGAGACAAACGAGGUACAUAAGAAUUUCAAAAUCAACGCCACAUGGAGGAUCGUUGUUAAAUUACUAGUAUUUGGGUAGAAGUUAGUUGGAUUAUUCUCUCUUGGAAGGUAGGAAGGCGCCUCAGCUUCCUUCCGUUUGUUGACCUUUCUCCAUCGCUUGCUGGUGUUGAUCGAUUGUCCUUAAACUAAGCAUUCUCUCUCAUCAGAAACCAAUUUUUUUUUUUGGGUUUUGGUGAUAUGAAGAGGAAUUUUGUUGCUUGGGUGAUAAUUGAGCCUCUUUGAGCAUAAGGAGUUUUCAGAGACAUGUCUUGGCUGAAUUUGGUAUUGGGUUUUUCUGAGAAGGGUGGACCAAUGGGUGGGAAAUUGGAUUAUUGGCAAAACAUUGGGUUUUUGGGGAAGAAUGUUUGUCAAAAAUUUGAUGGUAGGAGGGGGCUUAGACUGCUAUUGUCUAAUGUUAUUAUUUGGUUUUGUGUUAUUUUUAAUUCGUUUGGGCCUGUGAUGGCUCUAAGGCCUCUCAGGGAGAAGGAUAGUUCGUGGAGUAGCAACCAGCACCUACUUAUCAAAAGAGAAGAUCGUGACUUCAGCCCUUACAUCGCUUGGAACAUAACAGGAACUUAUAGAGGGACAUGGGGCACCUUGGAAAAUAACAAUGGCUCUCAUAGGUUUCCAGAGUUUGGAAAAUCUAAUGGAUAUAUUAUAUUUGAGUUAGUGAGCUCUGUAACAAAGAUUACGGGAGUCCAUUAUGUUCAAGGAGCGAUAUUUUUUCGAGGAGCAUCUGAUAAUGAGCAUGAUCCUGGAGUAACUCAGUUGAGAGUCGAAGGGGUUUAUAUAUGGCCUUUCAGACAGCUUCGUAUGGUAACCAAUAGUGGACCGGAUGGUGGACUGAACCAAGAGGAAGACUAUUUUCUUUCCAAUCCAUAUCACUUGCUUGGACUUUUCUCAUCUCAAGUGUUCCAAGACUCUCCACGUGAGCAGCUGAAGAGAAAAGGGAAACAUGCUUUUUUACUUGAUUUGGAGAAACAUUGCAAUUUACAAAUUGCUGCUCAGAUUUCAAAGAUACCAUCGGAUCAAAGAGAUGGAGAUCGUGAUCAUUACCACAUGGAAGGUUUAGUGGAGAGUCCAGCACUGGAUGAUGAAGGAGAAUGCUUCUCACCUAUUCUCUUAAAUGCUAGUUCAAUUAGCAUGGAAGUUUACUACAACAAAGCUGUUAACUAUACGUUGAUGGUUACUUUUAUAUCUUUUCUUCAAGUUCUUCUGUUAAUUCGUCAAAUGGAGCACAGCAGUACUCAAUCGGGGGCAGCCAAAGUGUCUUUGCUGAUGAUCGGGCAACAAGCGAUUAUGGAUGCUUAUCUUUGUCUUUUACAUCUAACUGCAGGGAUAUUAGUUGAAUCUCUUUUUAAUGCUUUUGCAACUGCGGCCUUUUUCAAGUUUGUGGUGUUCUCCAUCUUUGAGAUGAGAUAUCUCCUUGCAAUUUGGAAAGCGGGUAGACCAAAUACAGGUGAAGGAUGGGAAACAAUGAGACGUGAACUAUCAAUACUCUACAGCCGUUUCUAUGGGAUUCUUUUGGGAGGCAUUAUAAUCAUGUAUGAGUUGCAUAGUUUUCUGCGGCCUAUUCUACUUGCAAUGUACUCCUUCUGGAUCCCCCAAAUAAUCUUUAAUGUCAUUCGGGAUACACGGAAACCUUUGCAUCCUCACUACAUCUUAGGAAUGACCUUCACUCGGCUGGCUAUUCCAAUGUAUGCCUUCGGUUGCCCAAGUAAUUUUAUGCGCAUAGAGGUUGAUAAGAAUUGGUGUAUGUGUUUGGGGCUCUUCAUGGGAUUUCAAGCUCUUGUUCUCCUUCUUCAGCAUUAUCUUGGAUCUAGAUGGUUCAUUCCUCGUCAGAUCCUACCGGAGAAGUACAGCUACUAUAGAAGGUUUGAGAACAAUAUUAAUGCCGUAGAUUGUGUGAUCUGCAUGACCUCCAUUGAUGUAGUGCAGAGAUCAAAUGAAUGUAUGGUAACUCCAUGUGAUCACUUCUUCCAUUCUGGUUGCUUACAAAGAUGGAUGGAUAUAAAGAUGGAAUGCCCAACUUGCCGCCGCCCCUUGCCCCCAGUUUAGAAGCCUCUCAUCUGUAUAUCUGUAUCACUCUUUUCUGCCGUUCCCAGCUUGUAUAAGCCGGCACUAGGGAUUACUCUUUGUUUUUCUGGGAAAGUAUACUACAUGUAAGACUGGAAAAUCAUAGUUCAUUUGGGUCAUCACCAUCCAAUGAAUUGAUGGCUGUGACGGAAGUCCUGUUUCUGUUCUUAUUAUCAUCCAUCUAUUCAUUGGGUGGUGAGUAGCCUGCUGGACUAUGGAAAAUCAUAGUCCACUGGAUUACAGUAUGCUUCCCCCUAUGCGCUAUCUUCCUCUUAUUCGUAUUAUUAAUAUUUUUUAUGGGAUUGUAUACAAUGAGAUCAUUUACUUUUAGUACAAGGAUGUCACAAUUACUUAUAGUCAUCUGAUUUGAAAUCUGAUAGCUUUGGUGUCACAAAAUUCGAAAAAUUUCUUUUGAAUUUUGAGCUUGGUCAAUAGAAUAAGUACAACCACCCAAUUCAAUAUUCAAUGGUCAAAGAUUAAUUCUAACCACCUUGUACCACAGAUAAAUAGUCUGAAUGCAGACGUAUUUUUUAUUUACUAUUGUUGCUGCUUUGUUAUAUUGUUAUCAUUAUAUUUUCAGUCUCUGGUGACACCUUCAAUUUGAAUUUUUGGUGCAUAUUUUUUUAGAUGGCAUGAGGCUCAAACUGUAAAUGUGACAGCGACAGAGAAGGGAUGUCCUGUUGUUUUUGCCUGCCAAUGCAUUCGCUGGGUCUUCCACGGUUGCUGAAGGGCCAAGAGUGACCAGCAGGAAGUUGUAUUAAUUGUACUAUAAAAGAAACAUUUUUGCUUUUUGUUUUUAAAAAAAUAAAAAAGAAAAGGAAAAUGAAAUCAGGGUUGUCCCUUGUUCCAAAUUGUAUAAUCCAUUUUGGGUGAAGGUGGAAAUAAACGUCUUGCACCCAUUUGCAGGUUUUGAAUUAGUUGAUCUCCUCUGUUUCUUCUUUGGUAUGUGGUUUUGUUUUCUUGGACCCCAUAUUUUUGUGCAAAUAUUGCAUAAGAAAUCCUGAACAUCAAAUGAAAAUAUUGUAUUUCUCAA